GGGGGCGGGAGGGGAGGGCCCAGCGAACCCCGCCCGGGCUGUGAUUGCGGUGUCAACAAUCCGCCGAAAUAAGGCACCGAGGUUCCGCCAGGCGCAGAACGGUUGCCGGCCUUUGCCAGCGACGUCGCCUGCAGCGCCGCCAUCUGCUUCGCAGCCAGCGCGUCCAGCCCCCCGAACCCCCCGCCAGCCCCGUAGCCCCCGCCGUCGCUACCCAUCCCGCUGUUGUCGCUGUUCUGCUGCCUGCCAGACCAUCAGCGGCGCACGCGCGACACCCGGACACCACCCACAUCUGCGAUCCAGUAUCCACCCGCUUCUGGGCGGCGCUGGGUUCUUUCUGCUGACCUGGUUCUCUGGCUUGGCCGCGCGCAGGCCUCGAGGGCGUGAGGGACGGCGACCCCCGAUCCACCUAGCCGCCCGUCUCUCUUCCCGUGACUGCCACCACGCGCCCAUGCCUCCCUCCGAAAUCGACGACAUUUUUGCUGCAAAAACACCCGGCAGGGCCAAGGCCCCCGUCCCCGUUGCCUCCUCCUCCGCUGCAGAGCCUCCGAAGAAGAGCAAGAAGAACAAGAAGGAAAAGACAGCCAAGAGGAAGCGCGAUGAUAUCGAUGACUCGCAGCCUGCAAAACGUCGAGUGCCAGAAACCGUGCUCGACCCGUCAGUCAACCCAACGCCAGCUGCCAACGUAGCCGUACCAACGUCAGUCAAGGCAGCCAAGCUGGCGAAGCUGGCCGCUGCUCCAGUAGCAACGAAGAAAAAACGCAGCAAGCCCGACAAGGACGAAGAGACGAGGUUCAAGGACUCCAGAGGCAACGGGCCCCGACAGAAGACAGAAGAGGGUUACACCAUCUACAAAGAGGACGAACUCGGGAUGUCUAAUUCAGGUGGUGACACGCCGUUAUGUCCGUUUGACUGUGAUUGCUGUUUUUGAUGCUGGACUUGAGCUGGCUCGUUGGCAAUAUCUGUACCAUUAUGUGGCGAUAUACCCAUCAAUGCUCGUGUAUCUUUAGCUUGCAAGCUGUGACCAACAAACAGGCUCUAUCGAAGCCUCGUCUACCUCUUCCCGUGGUUGUGCGAGGUCAAUGUGUAGCCAAGAUCGAUUUACCGAGAUUAUCAUCUCUCAGCGAGCAUCAUCACUCGUAUGAGGGUAGUGCGCAAUGGCGCCUUCCGGGGACAUGCUACUGCAUAAUAUUGUGCAUCUUUUCAUUGUGCCAG